AGGGUCAGUGAUGAGUGAAUGCUAACGGUGUGUGAGGCGGAGCGUGCAGAAGAGGAGCGCGUCAUGUGACGUCGAGUCAAGAAGUGACCUCGCAGCCUCGCGCGCGUGGAGAAGAGAGAGCCGAGCCGAGCCAGGCCGAGCCAGGCCAGGCCAGGCGCGGGGUGGUCACGUGACGGUGGUGGGCGGUGCCGCCGCUGCUGCUGCUGCUUUUGCUUUGUGAGCAUAUUGGGCAGAUUUCCUAUUUUGUACAUACAUUGUUUUGUAUAUACUGUAUAUGAUGACUUCGGUGAGCAGUGAACGUACCCAGGGCACUCGGGACAAAAUGCAAAUUUCAACCACACAGCCAACACAACCACAGAAACAAGUAGUACAGGCAACAGCAGAACAGAUUCGCCUUGCUCAGAUGAUCUAUGAUAAGAAUGAUACAGAUUUUGAAGAUAAAGUGAAACAACUUAUGGAAGUGACGGGGAAAACCCAGGAUGAGUGCAUAGUGGCACUACAUGAUUGUAAUGAGGACAUGAACAGAGCAAUUAACAUAUUGCUGGAAGGAAUUUCAGACACGACUUCUUGGGAGACUGUAGGGGGAAAGAAGAAAAACCUUGGAAAGGAAGGUUUGGAAAACAAAGAGAACAGAGAGAAACGAGGGGACAGAGAAAUGAGCCGCGGAUGGGGAAGUUCCAACAGGCGGGGAAGAGGAGGCAGCCGUGGCCGAGAGUUUAGAGCUGAAGAGAAUGGAGUGGGCAACAAUCAAGGAGAUAGACCUUCAGACCGUGGGAAACUUGGCCAUGUGAGAGGGUUUGGACGUGGCAGAGGGAGAGGAGCAGGGAGGUUUUCAGCCCAAGGCAUGGGGACAUUUAACCCUGCAGACUAUAUGGACUCUUCUGCCACUGAUGGCUUUGGGACAAAAUCAGAUAUUUGGGAGACUGGUCAGAAUGAUGCAGAUGAUGGAACUGGUAAGAUGCUUCAAGAAGUGGAAGGAUUGAAAUGAAGACCUGUAGUAAAAUUGCAGUUAAAAUAACCAUUCUGUUAGUGUUCAGUUAACUUCUGAAAAUGUGAAUGCAUUUCACGUGACACAGAUAUUAGAUCAUUUUUAUAGCUUAAUUGCUACUAAUGUGCAGAGCACAUGCUGUAACCUGUGUGACUCUUAUUAAAAUGAAGGGAUGGCAAUUUUCAACUUUUUUGUUAUAGUACCAACAAACCCUUGAGAGACAAAGGCAUUUGAAGAGUUGUUGGAUGAGCCUUGUAUGUGAAGAACUGUGUUAAAGGAGAAGCCACUGCCAGAGUAUUCUCACACCAUUUAAGGAAUCACACACACACACCACCUGAGAAUUUAACUGCUUAGACCAGAGUCCCUUUGCAGUGGGUGGCUCCAGUGAGCUGAUGAGUUCCCCUUUUGACUCCUUGCUCACACACACACUUGCUCUUAGGCACACUUCCUCCUCCUUCAGACUUGACCCUAGGUUUCCCACAGAAGAGUCUCAGAUGUCUGAUUUUAUAAAAAUAAAUAAUUUAGGAGUGGUACAGCAGCAGGUCAACUUGACCUGGGUGCUUCUGGAGAGGGACCCCAAACAAAGAAAUCCCUGGGCUUUUUAUGCCCUCACAAUCUAUGCAGCCAUUCUUCACACACCUUGCAUGCACCUCUUGGUCCAAUGGUGAUUUUUGGUCUGGGAUCUUCUAACCUCUUACUGGAUUCUUUCUCUGUGUCCAUGCAGACAGACCAUUAACUGUUCUUAUCUUGUCAAGUUGCAGCUUCUGCUGAUGACUGUAACCUCCUUAUCUUCUGGUUUAUACUUCUUGUGCACUAGCUCAGUCGACAGAGCAUGGGAAACUGAAAAGUUUUGGAUUUAGAGUAAGCAUUAUGUAGCAAUAACUAAAACAUCACUGUGUUAUCAACACUAUUCUUGUACUAAAACCAAAACACGGCACUGUAACAGCUACUAAGAAGAAAAUUAACUAUUCCAUUUGAAAUCAUAUCUAGGUGAAAGUGAAUUUUUUUGCAUGUCACAUUAACAUAUAUUCUAUUUACUUGAAAUCCAGUGUCCAAUCAUACACAAUAACUAGAAUUAAAUGUUAAACAACAGUAGCAUUGGGACAAUGAACUUUCAUCUUGCUGAGGAUCUUAAACUCUAUCAAAGUUAGAUUUUGAGGUGUAUCUGAUUUGCAAAAAAAAAAAAAUAGCUUUCAUUGGGUUUUCCAAGGGUUUGGUCAACCAUUAGAUAAAAAUCUAUGUCAAGUAACUCCCCUUUAGUCUUGUUAACUUUAUACCACAAUGGGUCAUCCAUUGAUUUUAUACUUAGCCAUGUAGUUGUGGUCCUCUGGGUUAACAGCACCAAGAGUAAUGGGAUGUCUCACUUCAUCUCUUUGGUGUAUAGAUUCUUUACAAAGUAGUAUUUGUUAGCUGGUUGGUUAUUCAUAACUUGUUUGACAUGAGAAUGGUAUAUCCAGUUUUCCUUUCCUGAAAUUUUAACAGCAAAAUUAGAACACAAUAAGGCAGUAUAUGGCCUCUCCCAUUUGGAUACUAAUUUGGAUUUUUGUGAAAAUACCUUAAUUAACAUUUCCAUCUCCGGGUUAUAUAUAUGGUACCUGCAUUUCAGGUGGUGUGGACUGACACGAUUCCUUUUUUUCUUCAACCCCCUUUUCCAUAUAUGUUAGACACUCUGCCUAGUACUUCAGAACUUUUGACAAAAUGAAAAUGUCACUGACCAGUUGGAGUGCAUCGAGCUCCGCCUAGGAAUGGAUGAAGAGAUGAUGGAGAGUUUAUGGGUCAGGAUUAAAGGGAGAGGAUGGACAGGUGCCAUUAUAGUGGGGGUCUGCUACAGGCUGCCCAACCAAGAAGACCAAGCCGAUGAGGCCCUUUACAGACAGAUAGGAGCAGCCUCACAUUCACAAGCUCUGGUCCUCAUGAAGGGAGGAUGACUUCAACCACCCCAAUAUCUGCUGGAGGGGGACACCACAGAAGGGCAUAAGCAAUACAGGAAUUUACUGGAAUGCACUGAUGACAACUUCCUUCUCCAAGUGAUAGAGGAGCCAAUGAGGAGAGGUGCUAUGCUGGACCUUGUUCUCACCAACAAGGAGGGGUUGGUGGGGAAUGUGAAAUUCAAGAGCAGCCUGGGCUGCAGUGACCAUGGAAUGGUGGAGUUCAAGAUCCUUAGGGCAGUGAGGUGGGUGCACAGCAAGUUCACUACCCUGGACUUCAGGAGAUCAGACUUUGGCCUCUUCAGGGAUCUACUUGGUAGUGUCAUAGGAUAAAGCCCUGGAAGGAAGAGGGGCCUAAGAGAGCUGUUUGAUGUUCAAGGAUUGUCUCUUCCAAGUUCAGGAGCAAUGCAUCCCUACAGAGAGGAAGUCCGGCAAAAAUACCAGGAGGCCUGCGUGGAUGAACAAGGAGUUCCUGGACAAACAUAAACACCAAAGAGAAGGCUACAGAGAAUGGAAGUAGAGACAGGUAGCUUGGGAGGAAUAUAGAGAGAUUGUCCAAGCAGCCAAGGAUCAGGUUAGGAAAGCUAAAGUUUUGAUACAACUAAACCUGCCAGGGAUGUCAAGGGGAACAAGAAAAGCUUCUAUAGGUAAGUUGGGGAUAAAAGGAAUGCUAGGGAAAAUGUGGUCCCUCUCUAGAAGGAAAGGGGAAACCUGGUUAUCCGGUACAUGGAGAAGGCUCAACGACUUUUUUGCUUCAGUCUUCACCAGCAAGUGUUCCAGCCACACCGACCAAGUUGCAGAAGGCAAAGGUAGGGACUGGAAAAAUGAGGAACUGCCUGCUCGAGAAGAUCAGGUUGGAGACCAUUUAAGGAACCUGUAGGUGCACAAGUUUAUGUGCACUGGAAAAGGGGAAAUAUAACUCCCAUUUUUAAAAGGGGAAAUAAGGAAGAUCCGGGAACCUACAGACCGGUCAGUCUCACCUCUGUUCCUGGCAAGACCAUGGAGCAGAUCCUCCUGGAAACUAUGCUAAGGCACAAGGAAAAUAAAGAGGUGAUGGGUGACAGCCAACAUGGUUUCGCUAAGGGCAAAUCAUGCCUGACAAAUUUGGUUGACAGGAUUUACAGAUGUGGUGGAUGAGGAAAGAGCGACUGACGUCAC